AUGGGUCCAGAGCCGGAGGCCUCCACUCCGCCACGACCCGAAGCUGCCCCCCAGAAGGAGGCUGCCAAAGCUGCUGCAGCGAUGGAGGCAGCGGCAGCAGCUCCGGACGAUGAGGCCGGGCCCUCACUAGCUGAGCCAGCAGCUGAGGGGGCUGCUGCCACGGCGGAGGCUGCAGCGCCAGAGGCAGCAGGGGCGGCGGAGAUCACGGCUCCAGAGGUCGUGGACGCAGCGGCACCGGAGGCAGCGGAGGCGGCAGCACCGGGGGUCGCUGAAGUUGCCAGCAGCGCCACCCCACCGGCGGAGGAGGAGGAGGAAACAGAGGUGGUGCUGGGAAGGCUUACUAACCCUGGAAAAAUGGUUAAUCCAAUAUUUAAUCCAAACGAUCCACUAAAUGACCCCUCGACUUCAGAAUAUUCUCGGAGGUGA